CUAUAUACGCUACGCUCAGAAACUGCGUAUUACACGUUGGUGUAUUGUAGUUGUCUACGCACAACGUGUAGUGUCGUUUACCUUGUGCGCCAUUCUGCAGAGCUGAGCAGGAAACUGUAGAGAGCCGGCCGAAGUGGAGAGAAACUGGUUUUAAAUAAAACGCUGCCAUGGCAGCUGCGUUUCCUUACCGAGGAGUCCCAGGUGGGAUGCCACCGGGCGUUCCUCCUCCUGCUCCUGUUCCUGACUACAUGACUGAGGAGAAACUGCAGGAAAAAGCCCGAAAAUGGCAACAGCUGCAGGCAAAGCGCUACUCGGAGAAGAGGAAAUUCGGUUUUGUGGAUGCUCAGAAGGAGGACAUGCCUCCCGAGCAUGUGCGCAAAAUUAUCAGGGACCAUGGAGACAUGACCAACAGGAAGUUCCGUCAUGACAAAAGAGUCUACCUUGGGGCUCUGAAAUACAUGCCUCAUGCUGUACUCAAGCUGCUGGAGAACAUGCCUAUGCCUUGGGAGCAGAUUCGAGAUGUACCAGUGCUUUACCACAUCACAGGAGCUAUUUCCUUUGUUAAUGAAAUUCCCUGGGUCAUUGAGCCCGUCUACAUCGCACAGUGGGGUACAAUGUGGAUCAUGAUGCGACGUGAGAAAAGAGACAGGCGACACUUCAAGCGCAUGCGUUUCCCGCCCUUCGAUGAUGAAGAGCCUCCCCUGGAUUAUGCAGAUAACAUCCUUGAUGUGGAGCCUCUGGAGGCCAUUCAAAUGGAGUUGGACCCCGAAGAGGACAGCUCUGUGGCGGAGUGGUUUUAUGAGCAUCAGCCACUGAAGGACACAACAAAGUACGUCAAUGGAACUACAUACAGACGCUGGCAGUUCAGUUUGCCCAUGAUGUCUACACUGUAUCGUUUGGCCAAUCAGCUGCUUACUGAUUUGGUGGAUAGAAACUACUUUUACCUGUUUGACCUGAAGGCCUUCUUCACUUCAAAGGCAUUGAACAUGGCCAUUCCUGGAGGACCCAAAUUUGAACCCCUAGUCAGAGACAUCAAUUUACAGGAUGAAGACUGGAAUGAGUUUAACGACAUCAACAAGAUCAUCAUCAGACAGCCUAUUAGGACAGAGUACAAGAUUGCUUUCCCGUACUUGUACAACAACCUUCCCCAUCAUGUGCACCUCACUUGGUACCACACACCUAAUGUGGUGUUCAUUAAGACAGAGGAUCCUGAUCUGCCUGCUUUCUACUUUGACCCACUCAUCAACCCCAUCUCUCACAGACACUCUGUUAAAAGCCAGGAGCCACUGCCUGAUGAUGAUGAGGAGUUUGAACUUCCUGAGUAUGUGGAGCCUUUCCUUAAAGAGACACCUCUGUAUACUGACAACACAGCCAAUGGAAUUGCUUUAUUGUGGGCACCUCGUCCGUUCAACUUGCGAUCAGGGAGAACCCGUCGUGCCAUCGACGUUCCUCUCAUCAAGAACUGGUACCGUGAGCACUGCCCUGCAGGGCAGCCUGUAAAAGUACGCGUCUCUUAUCAGAAACUUCUGAAGUACUAUGUGCUCAAUGCUCUGAAACACAGACCACCCAAAGCACAGAAGAAGAGGUACCUUUUCCGUUCCUUCAAGGCCACCAAAUUCUUUCAGUCCACAAAGCUGGACUGGGUGGAGGUGGGGCUCCAGGUGUGCCGACAGGGUUACAACAUGCUGAACCUGCUGAUUCACAGAAAGAACCUCAACUACCUGCACUUGGACUACAACUUCAACUUGAAGCCUGUGAAAACCCUCACCACAAAAGAGCGUAAGAAGUCCCGUUUCGGGAAUGCGUUCCACUUGUGUCGUGAGGUUCUUCGUCUGAGCAAACUGGUUGUGGAUAGCCAUGUGCAGUACAGACUGGGGAAUGUUGAUGCAUUCCAGUUGGCAGAUGGACUGCAGUAUAUCUUUGCCCAUGUUGGUCAGCUGACUGGCAUGUAUCGCUACAAGUACAAGCUGAUGAGACAGAUCAGGAUGUGCAAGGACUUGAAACAUCUCAUUUACUAUCGCUUCAACACAGGCCCAGUUGGGAAGGGACCAGGUUGUGGCUUCUGGGCUCCAGGAUGGAGAGUGUGGCUCUUCUUCAUGAGGGGCAUCACUCCUCUGCUGGAGAGGUGGCUUGGCAAUCUGUUGGCCAGGCAGUUCGAAGGUCGACACUCCAAGGGGGUUGCAAAGACUGUGACUAAACAGCGUGUGGAGUCUCACUUUGACUUGGAGUUGAGAGCUGCUGUGAUGCACGACAUCCUAGACAUGAUGCCUGAGGGAAUCAAACAGAACAAGGCCAGGACAAUUCUGCAGCAUCUCAGUGAGUCCUGGAGGUGCUGGAAGGCCAACAUUCCAUGGAAGGUCCCAGGGCUUCCCACCCCCAUUGAAAACAUGAUCUUGAGAUAUGUCAAGGCCAAAGCUGACUGGUGGACCAACACAGCACAUUACAACCGAGAGCGAAUCAGACGAGGAGCAACUGUGGACAAAACUGUCUGCAAGAAAAACCUUGGCCGCCUCACACGACUCUACCUGAAGGCUGAGCAGGAGAGACAACACAACUACCUAAAGGAUGGACCAUACAUCACUGCUGAAGAGGCAGUGGCUAUCUACACCACCACAGUGCACUGGCUGGAGAGUCGACGCUUCUCCCCGAUUCCCUUUCCCCCUCUGUCAUACAAACAUGACACCAAGCUGCUCAUCCUGGCUCUGGAGAGGCUCAAAGAGGCUUACAGUGUGAAAUCAAGGUUGAAUCAGUCCCAACGUGAAGAGUUGGGUCUGAUUGAGCAGGCAUACGACAAUCCUCACGAGGCUCUGUCCAGGAUCAAGCGUCAUCUCCUCACUCAGAGAGCGUUCAAAGAGGUGGGCAUCGAGUUUAUGGACCUGUACAGUCACCUAGUGCCUGUGUAUGAUGUGGAGCCUCUGGAGAAGAUCACAGACGCUUACCUGGACCAGUACUUGUGGUAUGAGGCUGACAAGCGCAGGCUUUUCCCGCCUUGGAUCAAACCUGCUGACACAGAGCCACCUCCACUGCUGGUAUACAAGUGGUGCCAAGGAAUCAACAACCUGCAAGACGUGUGGGAGACCACAGAGGGAGAGUGUAAUGUCAUGCUGGAGUCACGCUAUGAGAAGAUGUACGAAAAGAUUGACUUGACGCUGCUUAACAGGCUUCUGCGUCUGAUUGUCGACCACAACAUUGCCGAUUACAUGACGGCAAAGAACAACGUGGUCAUCAACUACAAGGACAUGAACCACACCAAUUCGUACGGCAUCAUCAGGGGCCUGCAGUUUGCCUCCUUCAUUGUGCAGUACUAUGGGCUUGUGAUGGACCUGCUCGUUCUGGGUCUUCACCGUGCCAGUGAGAUGGCUGGACCCCCACAGAUGCCCAAUGAUUUCCUCAGCUUCCAGGACAGUACUACAGAGAGUGCCCACCCCAUUCGCCUGUACUGCAGAUACAUCGACCGCAUCCACAUGUUCUUCAGGUUUUCUGCUGAUGAGGCCAGGGAUCUGAUCCAGCGCUACCUCACUGAACACCCUGAUCCCAACAACGAGAACAUUGUAGGCUACAACAAUAAGAAGUGCUGGCCCAGAGAUGCUAGGAUGAGGCUGAUGAAGCAUGAUGUUAACCUGGGCCGUGCCGUGUUCUGGGACAUUAAGAAUCGCCUUCCUCGCUCUGUGACCACCGUGCAGUGGGAGAACAGCUUUGUGUCGGUAUACAGUAAAGACAACCCUAACCUGCUCUUCAACAUGUGUGGAUUUGAGUGCCGUAUCUUGCCCAAAUGCCGCACCAGUUACGAGGAGUUCACUCACAAGGAUGGAGUGUGGAACCUGCAGAAUGAGGUGACCAAGGAAAGGACAGCGCAGUGCUUCCUGCGAGUGGAUGAUGAAUCAAUGCAGAGGUUCCAUAACAGAGUGCGACAGAUUCUCAUGGCCUCUGGAUCCACCACUUUCACCAAGAUCGUGAACAAAUGGAACACGGCUCUGAUUGGUCUGAUGACCUAUUUCCGUGAGGCUGUGGUUAACACUCAGGAGUUGCUGGACCUUUUGGUGAAAUGUGAAAAUAAGAUCCAGACCCGUAUCAAGAUUGGUCUGAACUCCAAAAUGCCUAGCCGUUUCCCUCCUGUCGUCUUCUACACCCCCAAAGAGUUAGGAGGUCUGGGCAUGCUUUCUAUGGGUCACGUGCUCAUCCCACAAUCUGACCUGAGGUGGUCCAAACAGACAGACGUGGGCAUCACUCACUUCCGUUCCGGUAUGAGUCAUGAGGAGGAUCAGCUGAUUCCCAAUCUGUAUCGCUACAUCCAGCCAUGGGAGAGUGAGUUCAUCGACUCUCAGAGAGUCUGGGCUGAAUAUGCUCUCAAGAGACAGGAGGCCAUUGCCCAGAACAGACGUUUGACUCUUGAGGAUUUGGAGGAUUCCUGGGACAGAGGUAUUCCUCGUAUCAACACCCUGUUCCAGAAAGACAGGCACACGCUGGCCUAUGACAAGGGCUGGAGAGUCAGAACAGACUUCAAGCAGUAUCAGGUGCUGAAGCAAAAUCCAUUCUGGUGGACUCACCAGAGGCACGAUGGUAAACUGUGGAAUCUGAACAAUUACCGCACAGACAUGAUCCAAGCACUGGGAGGAGUGGAAGGAAUUUUGGAACACACUCUGUUCAAGGGUACAUACUUUCCCACCUGGGAGGGUCUCUUCUGGGAGAAGGCCAGUGGUUUUGAGGAGUCCAUGAAAUGGAAGAAGCUGACCAAUGCCCAGAGAUCUGGUCUGAACCAGAUCCCCAAUCGACGAUUCACUUUGUGGUGGUCUCCCACGAUCAACAGAGCCAAUGUGUACGUGGGUUUCCAGGUGCAGUUGGAUCUCACAGGAAUCUUCAUGCAUGGCAAAAUUCCCACUCUCAAAAUCUCCUUGAUCCAGAUCUUCAGAGCUCACUUGUGGCAGAAGAUUCAUGAGAGCAUUGUCAUGGAUCUGUGUCAGGUGUUUGACCAAGAACUGGAUGCUCUAGAGAUUGAAACUGUCCAGAAGGAAACCAUCCAUCCUAGGAAGUCUUACAAGAUGAACUCCUCCUGCGCAGAUAUUCUGCUUUUUGCAUCCUACAAGUGGAAUGUCUCAAGACCAUCACUGCUUGCUGACUCCAAGGAUGUUAUGGACAGCACCACCACUCAGAAGUACUGGAUUGACAUUCAGCUCAGAUGGGGAGACUAUGACUCACAUGACAUUGAGAGAUAUGCCAGGGCCAAGUUUCUGGACUACACCACAGAUAACAUGAGUAUCUACCCAUCCCCUACUGGGGUGCUCAUUGCCAUUGAUCUGGCAUACAAUCUGCACAGUGCCUAUGGAAAUUGGUUCCCUGGCAGCAAGCCUCUGAUCCAGCAGGCCAUGGCUAAGAUCAUGAAGGCCAACCCUGCCCUGUACGUGCUGAGGGAGCGCAUCCGCAAGGGUCUGCAGCUCUACUCCUCCGAGCCCACUGAGCCCUACCUGUCCUCACAGAAUUAUGGAGAACUCUUCUCCAAUCAGAUCAUCUGGUUUGUGGAUGACACCAAUGUGUACAGAGUCACCAUCCACAAGACCUUUGAGGGCAACUUGACCACGAAACCAAUCAAUGGGGCCAUUUUCAUCUUUAAUCCAAGAACUGGGCAACUCUUCUUAAAGAUCAUUCACACAUCUGUGUGGGCUGGACAGAAGCGUCUGGGACAGCUGGCCAAGUGGAAAACUGCUGAGGAAGUGGCUGCUCUUAUUCGAUCACUGCCUGUUGAAGAGCAGCCCAAGCAGAUCAUUGUGACCAGGAAGGGCAUGUUGGAUCCUCUUGAGGUGCACUUGUUGGAUUUCCCCAACAUUGUCAUCAAAGGCUCUGAGCUGCAGCUGCCCUUCCAGGCUUGUCUAAAGGUGGAGAAGUUUGGGGACCUCAUUCUGAAGGCCACUGAACCCCAGAUGGUCCUGUUCAAUCUGUACGAUGAUUGGUUGAAGACCAUUUCUUCUUACACUGCCUUCUCACGUUUGAUCUUGAUACUGAGAGCCCUCCAUGUGAACAACGACCGUGCAAAGGUGAUCCUGAAGCCUGACAAAACCACCAUCACUGAGCCACAUCACAUCUGGCCCACUCUGACUGAUGAGGAGUGGAUCAAGGUGGAGGUGCAGCUCAAAGAUCUCAUCUUGGCUGACUAUGGUAAAAAGAACAAUGUGAACGUGGCUUCUCUGACACAGUCUGAGAUCAGGGACAUCAUCCUGGGUAUGGAGAUCUCCGCUCCCUCUCAGCAGAGGCAGCAGAUUGCUGAGAUUGAGAAGCAGACUAAAGAGCAGUCUCAGCUAACAGCCACGCAGACUCGCACUGUUAACAAACAUGGUGAUGAAAUCAUUACCUCAACCACCAGCAACUAUGAGACCCAAACCUUCUCCUCAAAGACUGAAUGGAGAGUCAGGGCGAUCUCUGCAGCCAACUUGCACUUGCGUACCAACCACAUCUACGUGUCGUCUGAUGACAUUAAAGAAACUGGAUACACUUACAUUCUGCCUAAGAACGUGCUGAAGAAGUUCAUCUGCAUCUCUGACUUGCGUGCUCAAAUUGCCGGAUAUCUCUAUGGAACAAGUCCUCCAGAUAACCCACAGGUGAAAGAAAUUCGCUGCAUUGUGAUGGUGCCACAAUGGGGCACCCAUCAAACUGUUCACCUGCCCAAUCAGCUGCCACAGCACGAAUAUCUCAAGGAAAUGGAGCCGCUUGGUUGGAUCCACACCCAGCCCAAUGAAUCGCCUCAGUUGUCUCCCCAGGAUGUCACCACACAUGCUAAAGUCAUGGCUGAUAAUCCAUCCUGGGAUGGCGAGAAGACCAUCAUUAUUACCUGCAGUUUCACUCCAGGAUCUUGUACGUUGACUGCUUAUAAGCUGACUCCUAGUGGAUAUGAGUGGGGCAGGCAGAACACGGAUAAGGGCAACAACCCCAAGGGUUACCUGCCAUCUCACUAUGAAAGGGUGCAGAUGCUGCUGUCUGAUCGCUUCCUUGGCUUCUUCAUGGUGCCUGCCCAAGUGUCCUGGAACUACAAUUUCAUGGGUGUUCGACACGACCCCAAUAUGAAGUACGAGCUGCAGCUGUCUAACCCGAAAGAGUUUUAUCACGAGGUUCACAGGCCUUCUCACUUCCUCAACUUUGCAUCGCUGCAGGAGGGUGAGAUCUACAACGCUGACCGUGAGGAUAUGUACGCUUAGCACCACAGACUGCUACUGUUGACAUUCAGUGAGCACCUAAGAGGCUUAUGCUUACAAAUCUUUUGUGCUCUGUCCUUCAAGACUUUACCCUGGUGUCAGCUUGGAAGCACUGCUUCAAACACCUGUUUUAAGAUUUUGUAUAAUGCUUCAUUGUUUUUUGGCAUGUUGAUUUGUGUUGAUGCACAUUGCCUAAAGUGUAUUUUUGUGUGACAGUAGUUGAAGAAAACUACAUCAAUGUUCUUGGGUAAUAAUGCUCUUUUUUCAUAAUCUUGAAAGUACAUAAAAUUGUUUUUUUAUAAGUCGACUGUAAUAUCCCUGUAGCUAUGUUGUGCAUCUUUCAUGUACAUGGUAGUCUGGGUCAAAAAUAAAGAUCAACACGAA